AUGCGUGAGAUCAACAAGGCAGGUGACGUGGGUCCAUGCAUUCGUGGCCUAGUCGUGUGCACGUGCGGAUCAACGGGCAGAGUGACUGAAAGUGUCAAUUCGCUGAAGCGCCUCGUUGAGCUUGAUAUCUUUGAUUUCAUGUUGUCCUUCGCUGGUGUGUCAAUUAUCGACACACUCGUAGUACCUGCCGUCAAUCGCUUCAUCGAAAAUGUGUUCGUAUACGACAUAAAGUUUUGGACUGCGCUAGAGCAAUCUUUCGGCGAGGACAGGCACGCCCUGAACAGUUCCCCCAUCAUGUUGUCAUUUGCGGAAACCAAGAUAGGCACAGAAAAUGAGCGACAGCGCGUGUUCGAUACUAGGGUGUUGGCAUACUCAAAUUUUAAGGAUGGUAGACCUUGGGGCCUCGACAUUUAUCAGUGUUCCUGUGGCACUCCAGCCCACAACAUGAUUUUUCAUCCUGACGGGAAGCAGCUUCAUGGGAAGCAUUGGAUACACACGAAAAUGAAGUAUGAGUGCCUCCAGUGCCACACUGUUCGCCGGCACAUCUCCUGUCCAGAUUGGAUCCAUAGAGCCGAUGCUGAAAAUUUUGGAUGCGUUUCGUACUGA